UUUCAGUACCCAAAUCCGGUAGGAUUUAAGAACAGUUCUACUUCCGGUAACACCGGAAGCAAUUCGAAGAUGGCGUCCUCCUCGGUAAACGGACAAGCUAUCGCGGACGGGAAAAGUGAGUUUCGUAAGAAAAAGCCGAAGCCGGAGAACCGAGAUGAAUCAGAACUCCUCACUGUUCCUGAUGGUUGGAAGGAACCAGCUUUUUCCAAAGAAGACAAUCCCAGAGGACUCUUGGAGGAGAGUAGUUUUGCAACUUUGUUCCCAAAAUAUAGGGAAGCUUACUUGAAAGAGUGUUGGCCAUUGGUUCAGAAAGCCUUGAAUGAACAUCAUAUUAAUGCAACCCUGGAUCUGAUCGAGGGCAGUAUGACUGUUUGUACAACAAAGAAGACUUUUGAUCCAUAUAUCAUCAUUAGAGCCAGAGACCUAAUAAAACUUUUAGCAAGGAGUGUUUCAUUUGAACAGGCCGUACGAAUUCUUCAGGAUGAUGUUGCGUGUGACAUCAUUAAAAUAGGUUCUUUAGUGAGAAAUAAAGAAAGAUUUGUAAAAAGAAGACAACGCCUCAUUGGUCCCAAAGGAUCUACAUUGAAGGCUUUGGAACUCUUAACAAACUGUUAUAUUAUGGUUCAGGGAAACACGGUUUCAGUCAUUGGACCUUUUAGUGGCUUAAAAGAGGUUCGAAAAGUAGUUCUAGAUACUAUGAAGAAUAUUCAUCCAAUUUAUAACAUUAAAACCUUAAUGAUCAAACGAGAGUUGGCAAAAGAUUCUGAAUUAAGAUCACAAAGUUGGGAAAGAUUUUUGCCACAGUUCAAGCACAAGAAUGUGAAUAAACGCAAGGAACCAAAGAAAAAAACUGUCAAGAAAGAGUACACACCAUUCCCACCACCACAACCAGAAAGUCAGAUUGAUAAAGAAUUGGCUAGUGGUGAAUAUUUUCUGAAGGCAAGUCAAAAGAAGCGACAGAAAAUGGAAGCCAUAAAGGCUAAACAAGCAGAAGCUCUUAGUAAGAGACAAGAGGAAAGAAACAAAGCUUUUAUUCCACCUAAAGAAAAACCUGUUGUGAAACCAAAGGAAGCUUCUACUGAAAAUAAAAUUGAUGUGGCCGCCAUCAAGGAAAAGGUUAAGAAAGCAAAGAAUAAGAAACUGGGAGCUCUUUCAGCUGAAGAAGUUAAGCUUAAAAUGGAAGCAGAUGAAAAAAAAAAGAAGAAAAAAAAGUAACAUUAAAAAAAAACCCUGGAUGAGAACUCUUUAAGCUGUCUCCUUUUGUAAAGGAUUUUGAGAUACUAGGGCAUUAGUAGCCUAUGUGUGAGAAGGAAUACUCUGAUCACAUUUUUCUGAGUUUGUGUCAUUCAUCAAAACUGUUUAUAUAAAUAUUCUUUAUAAAUAUAAAUUAUUGUAUUUUCUGUGUGUUUUUUAAAAGCUUUGUGCUAGAAAGUAGUAUAUAUGCACCUUGUAUAUAUUGUACCUAAUCUGUUUUGGCAUGUUUGGCCUAAACAUGACUUUGGUGUAAUUUUUAGGUUGUUUUAUAUAAAGAUUUUCCAGAUGUGACUAUUGUAAUUAUCCAUCAAAUCCAGUGCUUGAUGCCACUGGUUAGUCUUUAGAUAGAAUCAUGUCCCAUCGUUCGGUUUUGAGUAAAAUAAAUGCAGACUUUGCAGUGCUCUUUCUAAUGCUAACAAGUAAACAUUUGGGCUUAUUUCUUUUUAUAAUCUCAUUUUACAUUAUGUUUAAACAACCCAUAAGCAAAAAAAGCAAGGCCUCUUAAAUCCCUUAAUCACUCUUCUGAGUCUGGGAAAAUGGUAAACCAAAGACCUCAGAUUGCAAGAGAGUGGGGAAAGCCAGAUGUUUAGAAUUUAAGCAGCAUGCACAAGUUAUGUAGAAAUGUUUUUACUAAUGAGGGCCAGUGGAGUACUUCGAAUUACCUGAAUCGAGCACAUUCAUUUUGUAGUUUUAGAAGCUAAGACACACGGAGGCUGGGUACCUUACAGAAGGUCACAGCUGUGGUAGCCUGAAAACAAAGGUUAUUCAUAGAAAAGUGGAAAGUAAAAAUGAGUUUAUUCUAGAGGUAGGAAGUUGAACAGUUUUUUUUCUUUUUAUAAAGGGUUUAGUGCAACAAUGUAUUUUUUUCUGAAAUGUUUUAAAAUUAGAAAUAAGAACUAUAUACCCAACUGUUAAUUAAAAAAAAACAACAACAA